AUGGACCAGCACCACUCAUACGCCACCCGCAUCCGCCACAACGUACCCAUCCGCCCCGCUCCUCGUCGCCAGAACUCUCCAGAGCCCCAGCCGCAGUACCCCCCCUUCCCCCCGCCCGGCGUCGAGCUCCACCCAGAGGAUGCCAACAGCAAGGUCUUCCUCGCCGUCGCCCGCGCCUUUGUCUCGGUAGACAACCGUGCCAUGACCAUCAAGGACAUUGCAGAGCGCGCAAGCCACUUCGGCCUCGUCUGUCAAAACCUCUCAGCCGCCGCCCAGGCAGUUACUACCUACCUCAGAACACACAAGACUCGCUGCGACCAGCAGCAGGACUUCCCCCUCCUCCUCAGCCACACCCUCUCCGGUACACCCGCCGACGACGACCUCGUCCCUGCCCUCUACUCUCGGUCCGGCGGCGAUUCCCACCCAGUACCGAAUAGGCUUACAAACUUUAGAAAGGGCACCGCCGUCUGGUACCUGUCUCGCGCCACCGGUGUGCCCUGUCCCUUUUCCCGAGCCGGCAUUCGACUAUGCGACUACGUGAGCCAAGACGCGCAGGACGCGGAGAGGACGUCCAAGCGCGAACGAAGGAGGCAGGAGAGGGAGGCUGUAUGCGGUCAGAAACGUAAGCGUCCUCUGCGCGGGUGCGCCAUCCGCGGUGCCAACGACUCCGACGUCGAGCGGCCACCCAAAGUCAAGCUCACCCUUCGCCUCAAGCCACUCCUCUCAAAGCAACAGCCCACGCCCACCUCGCCGCCUGCCGAGGGCUCCUCAUCAACGCGCCCAAUUGACGUAUCUAGGGAGGAAUCAGAUUCUUACGACUCAGGCGACGACUCCAUGUCCGUUGAUUCUUCCGACGACGAAUCACAAACCGCUCAAAUUAAGAAGGAUGAGGAAGAACCAUGGUCCCUGCCCCCGUACCCACGCCGGUCCAUCUCCAUUCCAUGCUACACCCCCUCGGUCGAGUCGUACUGCCCAUACUAUCCGCCAUCGCCAUCCAAGUACAAGGACCCGUUCCGCCGUUCGCCCUCCGUUCCCUUCAGCGUCGAUGCUACCCCUCCACCCGACUCAGAAGACGAGACGGAUGACUAUCACGUCGCGAUGACGCGCAUACAGCAAUACCAUGCAGAGGAGGAGGAGGAGGAUUUGGGUUGGGAGGCGGAUCUUGACAGUGAAGGCGAUGGUGAGACGAUGUGGGAGAGUCCCGGACCGCGCUCGCCCUCUGCGCCACUCGUCCUGCCACCCGCAGAGGUUGCGGUCAAGGAGGAGCCGAGGGAUGUGCAGGGUAUGCUUGACGCGUGGGAGGAUUUUGACUCGACCAUCGCCGACGCGCGUGUCGCUGAGGUGCUUGCGAAGGCCCUCGACGCAAGCGCGACAGAGCAACAGCAAGUGAAGGUCGAAGUCGAAGCAACGGAUCCGUGGGAUUGGGAUACAACGCAUAGUGGACACGGUUGGGCGUCGGAGGAUGGCGUGCGCGUCAAGCAAGAAGAUUUUGGCGUCGACUCGCUCUUCCCGCCUAGGCCGUCCUCGCCGCUUUCGGCUGUCUCCUCGCUUGCAUCUCAACUAUCUGCGUUCUCGCCUAUGGAUACAUCUUCUUCACCUCCACGAACACAGCAUGGUGAGGACGGAAGGAGUUGCCCAACUGUUCGACCACGCGCAAAGACCGUGCCGGCAGCCUCGUCCCUUUUCCAAGCCCCCACCCCCGCAACGACCUCGCUUCCACCUCCGAUUCGUCACUCGGUCUCCGGCUCGUCUGCUAAACCUAACACGCACGAAACUUCCAUUCAUUCCGCCGCGCUCGCGAGGCUUCUCCAGACAAUGCAUGUAGGACCUUCGUCCAGCUCAAGCUCCAGCCCUGCAUCAAGUUCAAUGAGCUCUCCAGCCCCCUCCGUACUUCUCCACUCGCCAACGCCCUGUGUCUCGCCACUGCAAACGCGCUGCCAACCCUCGAGCAGCGGGCCGCCCGUAGCCAAAGUCGUUGUGCACACCUGCCAGCCGUGUCAUCCUGCCGUCAGUGCAACCCAAAUAGAAGAGAUAUCGGUGUAUCAAAUGAUGCUGGGGCCUUUCCAGCUUCUCCGCCGCAUUGACUCCGAUUUCGUCAACCUCUCGCCUAUUGUGGCCUACUCUGGCACAGCGCCAGUGAUGAAUAGGGAUGGGUGUAGUGGUGGUGACUCGACCUCAGGCUCCGCAACGACGACAUCGCCUUGCGCAAGUUCGAAUUCAAUAAGCUCGAGUUGGAACCCGAGCGUCAUCGCCAACGCCACGGUGAUAACGAAGGGAUCUCCAGAGGUGUGUGGAACGUGGGUACCGCUCGCAGCCGCACAGGCGUAUGUGCGCGAACACCUUUCGGGCGAGGGUGCGCGCGCGCUUGAAGUUUUCCUCAGCGAUACGCUUGUCGAUCGCUUCCCUCGUGCGUUGCGUGACUUGCAGUUCCAACUCACGCACCAGAGCGCGAAGGGUCUCAACCAGUUUGGGCGGCAUUUCGCAUCGACGCUACUUGCUGGCGGGUUGGGUGUUGAGACGAGUAUCAAGAUUCUGCAACACCCGCCGCACCACCAUCAGCAACAUGGCCAGCAUACAAGCAGUGCAAUGCUGCCCGGGAUGAACACGCUGGUGAUGCCGACGCCGUCAUUUGUACUUGGACUAGGACGUGCAGAUGAGAACGAGGUGCCGCUAAGCGCGACGGAACAGGAGCUCUUCCACGAGCUGUGCGUUAUUCCACCGGAUUGGGAGAAGGAAAGCGGAUGCGUUGGGGAUGACGAAAGGGAGAAUGAUGAAGAAACGAAGGACGAAGAGGCGAUGGAUGUUGAUGUCGACGUGCAGAAGACCGCGACUCUACCCCCAACACCGACAACGGCGGUGCCUCUGUCGAUCUCAACUGCUAUCCCGGCUUCAAGUUCAGGUUCGAAGUUUACCCACUCGCCCGCGUCGUCGAUCUCCUCCAUGUCGUCACUCUCCUCGUCCGGCUCUGAGUCAGCGUCGUUCACAUUCAACAUGGCCAGUUCUAGCUCGACGCCCGUCACCUCAGCCGCGGGGUCCAGCGCGUCACCCUCGAUGAAGACUGAUUCGGAACCCCGGACAACUGGGACGGACAGACCCCUUCGCCGCUCGAAGCGUGUGGCAAAGACACUCGCGACUGCUCCGGUGCUGCAGCCAUCGAGAGCGAGGUCUCGGAAGAGCCAGGGUGGUUCGAGGAACUCGCUUUCGUGA